AUGUUGACGCUGACUCCUGCCGUCACCGUGUCCUAUGAAGUCAAGGGUGUAUUUCUGGUCCUUUCAGUCCUGGAGUUUGCAGUGGGCAUCCUGGCCAAUGCCUUCAUUUUCUUGGUGAAUCUCUGGGAUGUGGUGAGGAGGCAGCCGCUGAGCAGCUGUGACCUUGUGCUGCUGGGUCUCAGCCUCACCCGGCUCUUCCUGCAAGGGCUGCUGUUCCUGGAUGCCAUCCAGCUUACCCACGUCCAGCAGAUGAAAGACCCACUGAACGUCAGCUACCAAACCAUCAUCAUGCUCUGGAUGAUCAUAAAGCAAGCCAGCCUCUGGCUGGCCACCUGCCUCAGUCUCCUCUACUGCUCGAAGAUCGUCCGUUUCUCAUACACCUUCCUGGUCUGCUUGGUGUGCUGGAUCCCCAGGAAGCUCCCCCACAUGCUCCUGGGUGCUCUCCUGAUCUCCUGUGUCUGCAUCGCCUUCUGUCUGUGGGACUAUUUUAGUAGGCCUGGCCUCAUCGUCGUGGCUACAGGAGUCAUGAACCACAGCAAGGAACUCAAUGUGCAAAUCGUACAACUCCAUUUCUUCCAUUCCUUCCUCAUCUGCAGCCUGGGGGCCAUCCCCCCUUUCCUCAUUUUUGUCAUUUCUUCUGGGGUGUUGAUUGUCUCCCUGGGGGGGCACCUGAGGACAAUGAGAGCCAUAACCAGAGACUCACGAGACCCCAGCCUGGAGGCCCACAUCAGAGCCCUCAAGUCUCUGGCCUCCUUCCUCUGCCUCUACGUGGUGUCGUUCUGCGCAGCCCUGGUGUCGGUGCCUUUACUGAUGCUGUGGAAGCACAAGCUGGGGGUGAUGGUCUGUGUGGGGGUCAUGGCCGCCUGUCCCUCAGGACACUCAGUCAUCUUGAUCUCAGGCAACCCCAAGCUGAGAAGAGCUUUGGGGGCCAUUCUACACUGGGCCCAGAGCAGCAGAUGGGGCAGCAUGGACCUCAGGACACCAAAUCCCUGCUGA